AUGUUAGCAGUAGAAACAGAACAGAGUUGCAGCAAGCAAGAGCCCCAACAGAGGAUCAUACAAUUGGCUGUAGAGACUGAGCCCGCCCUUCACCUCCUCUACAAUGACAGUAUUCUAUCUCUAAAGAGCUCGCUACUCAACAACUCGGAGAGCAGCUGGCUACUCGACAUACCCUCUCUCAUCUGUCACGUCAUGGAAAUACACGUCAUUUCCUCUGUCCACUUCACAUUUGGAACACUGUUUCAUCUUUCACUGGAGCGACCCAAGAGACCUUUGCCACUGAAUACGGCCACACAACCACCAAAACCUCUUGCCAACAGACAUCGCACCGACCAAUCAAGAUGCGGUAGAAAGGCUCACAGCAGCAGGCCUGAAAGCAACGCCAGCAGAACAGGACACAGUAGACUAAAGAUGAAAUUCAAGAAGGAAGUGCACACUCAGAGGAGCAGCAGUGCGCCCACAACUCCUCCAACUCCAGUACCUCUGGCCGUGACAGCUGCCUACUACCCCGGCUGGCGCUCUCGCAGGCACAGCAUCACUGCACACAAUGCCCCUUCCCGGAUGUCCAUCCCGCCUGGAGAGAGACGCCUGUCCAGAAGAUUCAGUAUCGGACUGGACAUGGGAGACGAACACAAGAGGACCCACUUCCCGGCCACAAUCAUGUACGCCAAGAUCGUCUCUCAUCUCGAAAACAGUCUGGAGCCUGGUCGCCACUUUCACCGACUCCAGAGGUUCAGCGAGUGUUUCUGUGGAAGCAGCAUGGUGGACUGCCUCCUUGCCUACUGCCUCGAGACUCUCAACAGCCGCAUGAAGAGAGAGAAGGCCAAGGAGAUGUGUCGACGACUGCUGAGUCACGGAGUCAUAGAGAAUGUGAGCCACAAGAAGCAGCAGGAGGCUGAGGGGAUAGUGUUCAAGGGAUCCAGACUCUACCGCUUCACAGGGAACCACUUCUGGGAAGAAAACAUUACGUCAGAUCUGGAUGGAGCCACCACAAGUGCCAGCAUGCCCUCACUCACCCAGCCCGGCGGCAUCAGAAGACAAAGGGCCUCAAGCGUCAAGAAAAUGUACACAACAUUCUCACAAAGCAAAACGGGCUUUGUGAGAAAGUGCAAGUCCCGGUUCUCACUCAGAGGGGCCAACACCAUCUAGUGGACCUCAUUUCAUGUCAACUCAUGCACUCGGGAUUUUAAUCACCACCACAUUGAACGCGUGUAACAUUUUGUGUGAAUUUUGUGUGAAAUUUUGUGUCUUCUGCAUCACAAACUCCUUUUUAUUUAUUUAUUUAUUUUUAUGCACACCACUUUCUACUCACCACGACAGUGCUUCACUCGCACAUACACAUUUUUUGUCACACUUUACAUUACUUUUGUUUGUUUUGCCACCGUAUUGAAGAUUCUUCUUUGCACCUCAACGACAAUAUCAAACUCUUCAGCGCUUCAACGCACAUGACGGAAGUGAACGCGCACGACACCACUAU